AUGGCCUUCAGGUGCGAGGAGAAGCCAGGACACCAGGACCCGCUCCCCUCGCUCGACGAAAGGAAUAUUGCUCCAGACUUGGAAAGUCAUCCCGGAGAUGAAGAUGAUGAUGAUGAGCAGGGGGCCUGGUCUGGUCAAGCGCCGGUGCUCUUUCAAACCGACAUGCUAGGUUCAAGUCUACGGAGCUCCUUAAACACCAACCAGAUUUCCAGGGUUCCCAAUGAAGACGUUUCAACGGCUGCCAAGUCCUCGGCCGAAGGCUUCUGCAGAAAAGUUUACGAGGAACAUGAUCGAGCCGCGGCUGUCCGGGCGCCGGGGAGAGACGCGCGGAGCUUCGCGCAGAGCUGGGCUCCCGGUCUGGCGCGCCGCCUGCCUGCGGCCGAGGGUUGGGGCCGGCCGCCCCCGGGACCCUCGACGACGGGCGCUCCCAUGGACUUCUCCCCAGGGCUGCUGGCCGCAGCCUGGGCGCUGGGCCUCCUGGCAGGAUUCUUGGAUGCCUUCAACAUUGAUACGAAGAGGCCCCGCAUUAUACCCGGCUCUAAAGAAGCGUAUUUUGGCUAUACAGUCCAGCAGCAUGAAAUCAAUGGGAAGAAAUGGCUGGUGGUGGGAGCUCCUUACGAAACCAACGGGCAGCAGAAGACGGGAGAUGUCUACAAGUGUUCUGUGGACGUCGAAGCCAACAGCACCUGUUCCAAGCUGAACCUAGGAAGAGUAACUCUUUCCAAUGUGUCGGAACGCAAGGAUAACAUGCGUCUGGGCCUGAGCUUGACCACAAACCCCAAAGACAACAGCUUCUUGGCCUGCAGCCCUCUCUGGUCUCACGAAUGCGGAAGUUCUUACUACACCACAGGAAUGUGCUCCCGGGUGAACUCCAACUUCAGGUUCUCCAAGACGGUGGCUCCGGCACUCCAGCAGGUCACCAAUGACAUGGCGGACAGGGGGACGGUUGGAGUCGUGCAAUACGGGGAGAACGUUGUGCACGAGUUUCACUUGAACGACUACAGGUCUGUGAAGGACGUGGUGGCCGCUGCCAGCCAUAUCGAGCAAAGGGGAGGCACGGAAACCCGGACCGCGUACGGGAUCGAGUUUGUUGGAGUCGUGCAAUACGGGGAGAACGUUGUGCACGAGUUUCACUUGAACGACUACAGGUCUGUGAAGGACGUGGUGGCCGCUGCCAGCCAUAUCGAGCAGAGGGGAGGCACGGAAACCCGGACCGCGUACGGGAUCGAGUUUGCACGGAGGAAGAAAGACGUUGCGGCUUCUCAAAACUCAGUUCUCGGUUAUUACAACAGACGAGGAAUCAAUCCCGAAGCCUUUCUGAAAGAAAUAAAAUUCAUCGCGAGCGAUCCCGACGAAAAGCAUUUCUUCAAUGUCACUGACGAAGCGGCUCUAAAAGAUAUCGUCGAUGCUCUCGGUGAAAGGAUUUUCAGUCUGGAAGGCACCAACAAGAAUGAAAUAUCCUUUGGCCUUGAGAUGUCCCAGACGGGCUUUUCAUCACACAUCGUGGAAGAUGGGGUUUUGCUAGGAGCGGUCGGCGCUUAUGACUGGAACGGAGCGGUGCUGAAAGAGACCAGCAGUGGCAAAGUGGUUCCCCACCGAGAAUCAUACCUCCAAGAAUUCCCCGAGGAGCUCAAGAAUCACGGAGCAUACCUAGGUUACACCGUCACCUCAGUGGUGUCCACGAAAUGGAGGAGGAUUUAUGUUGCAGGAGCACCCAGAUUCAACCACACGGGGAAAGUGAUCAUUUUUACGAUGCACACUGACCGAAAUCUCUCCAUCCACCAGUCGCUGAAAGGGGAACAGAUCGGUGCCUAUUUUGGAAGUGAGAUUAGUUCUGCAGAUGUUAAUGGCGAUGGAGUCACCGAUGUUCUCUUGGUUGGAGCGCCCAUGUACUUCGGCGAAGGGAGAGAGCGGGGAAAGGUGUACGUCUAUGUUCUAAAAGAGGACCAAUUUAUGGCCAAUGGGACCCUGGAAGACCUCCCCAGCUACCAGAACUCCCGCUUUGGUUCCUGCAUCGCCUCCGUCCCAGACUUGAAUCAGGACUCGUACAACGACAUCGUUGUGGGCGCACCUUUGGAAGACGAGCACCAGGGAGCCAUCUACGUCUUCCACGGCUACCAGGAAAACCUCCUACGGAAAUAUAAGCAGAGAAUCGCAGCGGCCGACCUUUCUCCGGGAUUGAUGUAUUUUGGGAGCAGCAUCCACGGACAACUGGAUCUAAAUGAAGACAAGCUUAUCGACCUGGCUGUGGGCUCUCUUGGAAAUGCUGUGCUAUUAUGGUCCCGCAGCGUGGUCCGCAUCAGCGCCAACGUCCAGUUCGAGCCGCCCAAGAUCAACAUCUUCAACAAGGACUGCACCCGGAACGGAAAGGAGGCCACCUGCCUGUCUGCCCUGCUCUGCUUCACCGCAGUUUUCCUCUCGGCACACUUUCAGACAGCAAGCGUCGCACUGAAUUACAAUGUCACUCUUGAUGGACGCCGGUAUGUCCCACGUGCCCAUCUGGAUGAAAAUGGAGACCGGCACGCCCACAAGGCAGCCAUGUUGCUUGCGGGACAAGAACAGUGUGACCGGCUGGAUUUCCACGUCAUGGACACAGCGGAUUACGUGAAGCCCGUGUCUUUCUCGGUGGACUACGCCCUGGACGGUCCUGACAGUGGCCCGGUGAUGGAUGACGGCUGGCCAACCUCACUGAAAGUCGUUGUGCCUUUCUGGAACGGGUGUAAUGAGGACGAACACUGCAUCCCUAACUUAGUCCUUGAUGCUAAAACUGACCUGCCAAGUGCCGUGGAGUAUUGCAGACGCGUCCUGAGAAAGUCGCACUCGGAUUGCUCGGCCUACGCCCUGUCUUUUGACUCCUCCGUUUUUGUCAUAGAGAAUUCCAGGAGGAGGGUGGCGGUAGAAGCGACGCUGGAGAACCGAGGGGAAAAUGCAUAUAGCACCGUUCUAAACAUUUCCUUCUCGCGAAACCUGCAGUUUGCAAGCUUGAUCCACAAGGAUGACCUGGACAUCAACAUCGAAUGCAUGUCUGAAGAAAAGCACCCUAACAGGAGGGUUUGCAAUGUCAGCUACCCAUUCUUCCGGGCCAGAGCAAAGGUGGCUUUUCGCCUGGAUUUUGAAUUUAGCAAGACGGUUUUCCUGCAGGACUUGGAGAUCUCCCUGACUGCCAACAGCGAGAGUGAGGAACAGGAAGGUACCAAAGAGGACAACUCUGCACUCCUGAAGCUCCCGCUGAAGUAUGAAACCGACCUGCUUUUCACCAGGCCCUUGGCUAUGGAAACCACUGUCUGCACGGUUGGGGGCAACAACACGGACUACCGGAGGACACCUUCAGAUGAAGACUUGGGACGCCACCCACAGCUGAACCACAGCAAUUCCGACGUGAUCCUGAUCAUGUGCAGCAUGACGCUGGCCGCCGGAGAAGAAGCCAGCUUCCGCCUGCACGGCCACCUGUGGAUGAAGUCGCUCCGAGCUCUGAAGUUCAAGUCCCUGAGGUUCGUGAUCAACGCGGCCUUGCAGAGGGGCUUCCGCAGCGCCUUCGUCUUCCGGGAAGAAGAGCCCAGCCGGCAGAUAACCUUUGAAAUCUCCAAGCUCGAGGAGUCGCACAUCCCCAUCUGGAUCAUCAUCGGGAGCACGCUCGGGGGUCUCUUGCUCUUGGCCCUCCUUGUGCUAGCCCUCUGGAAGCUCGGCUUUUUCAAAAGCGCCAGUCGCAAGAGAGACCCAGCACAACAGCAGAACUCCAAAGACUUGGACUAAGGCCUCCAGUUCCCCGGGAGGCA